ACACCCGCCUUCGCCACGCAUGCGCAGCAGAUGGACGCCGGCCUCGGGGGCGGGGCUCAGCGCACCGGCCCAAAUGCGGCCCUUCCCCCGCCGCUCCAGACCCGGGAGGAGGGCAGCGCGACCCUCCCCAUCUUGUUACUGGUACUCAGCCACUGGGGACACUGACUGAAUGUUCGCCUCUAACUUACCCGGAAAACACGAGAACUAGUUCGAUGUCGUUUCAACCUCACCAAACUCUGCGGAAACUUAGGAAAUUAUCUCUAGUGUCUAGAUAGGGGAAUUGUUAGACCGACUUGAAGUCUCUCACCUCCUGUUGUACGCCUCCCGGAAGCAACACCAGGAGUCCAACGGGAUCCCAAACCAGAGCCCAACCAGUAUCCUAUAAAGUCUUCAGAGAGGGAUCCCCUCCGGGCUGGGGAGAAACAGGACAACCUAACAAAACAGGGCCUGGACUCCUCCCUAAACAGACCACGUUUUUCUCCGCUCUUCCCCUUCCCACUCCCUGAAAUCUAGACUAAAACUCUUUUAAGAUAACUGCGAGGUAUAAAGAACGUCUAGAGCCUAAGCGGCCCGUUGCCAGAUUCUACUCCUCAGGCCUCAAAUGUGAGCGCCCCAAACAUUCUAGAGCUGAACCUGGUACGCUCGCCCACCCAACUGCCGUGCUCGGGGCUUAGUAUUUCACGCGCGGCAGUUCAAGAACAUCAGACACGCUCAACAAACACUUGUUGCUUGACUGAUACAUUAUGGCGGGUAACGCGUCCCACGUAUUUCUUCUUAGAGAUAUACAUUACGCUAUACGUUUCUGAAGAAUGGCUCGAUUUACAGGGGUUCCCACAACGAUUUGUCACAUAUAAAAGAGUGGGUGGUAUUUUUACGUCAAAGAUGAACAGGCGAACGUCCAUCUAAAUCGUGUGGCAUCAGAUGCGGGGAGGCGUGGGGGAGGGAGCGGGGGAGAAAGCGUUAAUUCUUCCAGCUUUAGAGCCAGACGUAAUAUUUAAAACGUGGAUUGUUUUUCAAAUAAACUUUUAAAUGGACACGACAGCACCUUAUCCUGCAUUACUACUGCAUUGCAACUAGAAAGAAAACCAGUGGAGGCGGGCAAGGCCCCCGAUCACGUGAUACCGCCCCCCAACUCCGGGCGGAAGAGGCCAGCGACAGCGCUGCACGAAGCGAGUGGGCGGGCGCUCGUGCCCGGCUAAAAGAUGGCUGCUGGCGCCGGGCAGCCACCGCCUGGGAGGUUACUGUAAGGCCCGCAGCUCCCGCCAGCUCCCGCCAGCUCCCGCGGACUGCUGCCGCCUCCUUACCAUGAAGCCAGUAAGUCGUCGCACGCUGGACUGGAUUUAUUCAGUGUUGCUGCUUGCCAUCGUUUUAAUCUCCUGGGGCUGCAUCAUCUAUGCUUCGAUGGUGUCUGCAAGACGACAGCUAAGGAAGAAAUACCCAGACAAAAUCUUUGGGACGAAUGAAAAUUUGUAACUCUUCUGGAUUUAAUUAUCUGAAAAUACAGUUCUUUCCCUCAUGCUUAUGUAGAUAUAAAAAUAAAAUUCAUAAUGCAAAGUU